AUGGGGGCGUUUGGUUUGUUGUAUUGGAUCUGCGGUGGUGGGUUGUUGCUAGCGGGAGUUGGUUUCUGUGCUGACCCUUUUGCCAACUUUCAAUUGGAGUUCUCUUACAUUACUGCUUCUCCACUUGGUGUUCCUCAGCGGGUAGUUGCUGUCAAUGGAAAAUUUCCGGGCCCUGUUUUGAACGUCACUACUAAUUAUAACGUGGUUGUUAACGUCAAGAACAAAUUAGAUGAAAAUCUUCUGAUCACAUGGUCUGGUAUUCAAAUGCGUCGAUCUUCAUGGCAAGACGGAGUUUUGGGCACAAACUGCCCGAUCCCCGCAAAUUGGAACUGGACUUAUCAGUUUCAGGUCAAGGAUCAAAUUGGUAGUUUCUUUUAUUUUCCAUCACUAAACUUGCAGAGAGCUUCCGGUGGCUUUGGUCCUUUUAUUGUCACGAAUCGAGAUAUUAUUCCAAUUCCUUUCAAUGCACCCGAUGGGGAUAUAGUAAUCAUGAUCGGUGAUUGGUACACUCGUAACCAUACGGCUCUUCGUAAAGAUUUGGAUGAUGGGAAAGGGCUCGGAAUGCCGGAUGGAGUUCUUAUCAAUGGGAAAGGACCUUACAGAUAUAAUACUUCUCUUGUUCCUGGUGGGAUUGAGCAUGAGACUGUUAAUGUCGAUCCUGGCAAGACGUACCGGGUUCGGGUGCACAAUGUUGGAACCUCCACUAGUUUGAAUUUCAGAAUUCAGAACCAUAAUCUGCUGCUGGUGGAGACUGAGGGUUACUACACAUCUCAACAGAACUACACGAGCUUGGACAUCCAUGUUGGCCAAUCUUACACUUUUCUGGUCACCAUGGAUCAAAAUGCAAGCAGCGAUUAUUAUAUUGUGGCUAGUGCUCGAUUUGUGAACGAGUCACUAUGGGAAAGAGUUACCGGUGUUGCCAUUUUGCAUUAUUCAAAUUCUAUGGGAGAGGCUGCAGGUCCACUCCCGGAGCCACCAAGUGAUUAUUACGAUACGUCGUAUUCACUCAAUCAGGCAAUGUCCAUCAGGCAAAACGGCAGUUCCAGCGGGGCCCGCCCAAACCCACAGGGUUCCUUCCACUAUGGCUCAAUCAAUGUCACCAAUACUUACAUCCUCAGGAGCUUUCCACCAGCGACGAUUAACGGCAGAUUAAGAGCCGCCUACAACGGGAUAUCAUUUGUAAAUCCCGAUACACCAAUGCGCCUUGCUGACGUGUACAAAGUGAAGGGUGACUACAAGCUUGAUUUUCCCGAGAAGCCCAUGAACAGGACACCGGUCGUGGAUAGAUCCAUUAUCAAUGGUACUUACAAGGGAUUUAUUGAGAUUGUGUUGCAGAAUAACGACACUGUUGUCCAGACAUUUCACAUGGACGGUUAUUCUUUCUUCGUGGUCGGGAUGGGAUACGGCGAGUGGAGUGAGAACAACAGAGGCUCGUACAACAGGUGGGAUGCGAUAUCCCGCUCCACUGUUCAGGUUUUUGCUGGAGGAUGGACUGCUGUUUUUGUGUCUCUUGACAAUGUUGGUGUUUGGAACCUUAGGACAGAGAAUUUGGACAGGUGGUAUCUCGGCCAAGAAACGUACAUGAGGAUUAUAAAUCCCGAAGACAGUUCAAACAAAACCGAGUUGCCUGUGCCAGAUAACGUUCUUUACUGUGGUGCCCUCAGCCGCAUGCAAAAGCCUCAGAAAGUGUCCAGCGCAUCGACCUUGCACCUAGGUGGUGUUGUUUUGGUGCUGGUGCUAUCUAUUGUCAGUUUCUUUUUGAACUAA